GUCCCUGGUUAAAGCGUUAAUAUCAACCCGAUAACUCAUCGCAGGUCAGUGCGCAUGUGCGAUCACUUCAACGUGGCAAGAUGGCGGCGCCCAGAUGUUUCGCCGUGUUUGUCUGCGUCUUGAUGCUGGUACCGUUCUCCCUGCCCGCCAAGAAGAACAAGAUGGCCCACAUCCUGACUGUCGAGGAUCAUAAGGAGUUUAAGAAGAUUCUCAGGACCAGGACCAACGUCUUGUCUCUGUUUGCCAAGUCAGAGAGGGCAGCCAGUCCCAUACUGGACACCUUUGCGCAGGUAGCAGAAGACAUGAAGGGACUUGGUACCCUCGUCUUUGUGGACUGCAGCGACAAAGAAGCGAAGAAACUGUGCAAGAAGGUGAAAUCUAACCCAGACACCUACGAGCUCAAACAUUACAAGGAUGGUGACUUCAACAAAGGUUAUGACAGACAAGAAACUUACAAGUCGAUGAUGAACUUCCUGCGUGACCCGACGGGCGACAUUCCUUGGGAGGAGGACCCCACCGCGAAGGAUGUUGUACACGUGGAAAGCGAUAAGGCCUUGAACAAACUUGUGAAAAAAGAAAAGACUCCGAUCCUGAUGAUGUUUUAUGCACCAUGGUGUGGCCACUGUAAGAGGUUGAAACCAGACUAUGCUGCAGCAGCUACUGAACUGAAAGGACAAGCUACACUAGCAGGAAUGGAUGUGGAUAAACCAGAGAAUGAACCUGUCAGGAGACAGUUUAACAUCACAGGGUUCCCUACUAUACUGUACUUCGAGGGUGGAAAGCAGAAGUACAAGUAUGGAGGAGAAAACAACAAACAGGGCAUAGUUAGCUGGAUGAAGGAUCCCCAGCCUCCAGUAGAGAAGGCCCCUGAGCCAGAGUGGAGUGAUGUGGAGUCAGACGUGGUCCAUCUCACCGACGAGACAUUCGACACCUACAUGGAGGAGCACGCCUCUGUACUCGUCAUGUUCUACGCACCAUGGUGUGGUCACUGCAAGAAGAUGAAGCCAGAAUAUGACGAGGCAGCGACCACCCUCAAGGAGGAAAGUAUUGAUGGCGUUUUGGCGGCUGUGGACGCAACCAAGUCACCUCAGGUCGCUAAAAGGUUUGAGGUCAAAGGUUACCCAACGGUCAAGUAUUUCAAGGACGGAGAGGAGGCUUUCGGGUUCAACGACAGGACGGCGGAUAAAAUAGUGGACUUCAUGAAGGAUCCGAAGGAGCCGCCCCCUCCCCCUCCCCCCGAGCAGCCUUGGCAGGAUGUGGAGAGUGAGGUCGUUCACCUCGGGGACGAGGACUUUAAGUCUCAGCUGAAGAGGAGGAAACAUGCCCUGGUCAUGUUUUACGCUCCAUGGUGUGGUCACUGCAAGAAGGCCAAGCCACAUUUCACCAAUGCUGCAGAGAAAUACAAGGAGGACACCAAGGUGACGUUUGCAGCGGUGGACUGUACCACUCACCAAGGGGUGUGCGGGCAGUACGAGGUCAGAGGUUACCCCACCAUCAAGUACUUCAACUACGGCAAGAACCCCAAGGACUACGAGGGCGGUCGGGAGGAGGCAGACUUUGUCGCCUUCAUGUCGGACCCCCUGAACCCCACUCCCCCCACCCCUCCCCCUAAGGACCCAGCAGAGGAGUGGGCGGAGCUUGAGGGGGCGGAGGAAGUGGUCCAUCUCCAUGACAACACGUUCGAGGACUUCAUCCAGCAGAACCCGUCAGUGCUGGUCAUGUUCUAUGCUCCAUGGUGUGGCCACUGCAAAGCCAUGAAACCAGACUAUGCCCUAGCUGCAAAAGCACUAAAGGAAGACGAGGUGCCAGGGGUCCUGGCUGCAGUAGACGCCACUGUAGACAGGGUUCUGCAGAGCAAAUAUGACAUCACGGGAUUCCCCACAUUGAAGCAUUUUAAGGACGGAGAGUUUAACACAGACUACAACAAGGGCAGAAAUCUGGACGCUCUUGUGGAGUUCAUGAAAAACCCCCAGAAGGCACCACCCCCUCCCCCUCCUGAACCAGAGUGGUCGGAAGUGCCGAGUGAAAUCAGCCACCUGACGGACGACACGUUCAACGGAUUCAUUCAGGAACACAGCUCUGUUCUUGUGAUGUUCUACGCACCAUGGUGCGGCCACUGUAAGAAGAUGAAGCCAGCGUAUCAGGACGCAGCAGAAAAACUGUUGAAAGAAAAUCCUGAGGCCAAACUGGCAGCUGUGGACGCUACAAAGUAUGCAGCCCUGGGCACAAAGUAUGAGGUUCGGGGAUACCCUACUAUCAAGUACUUCAAGAAUGGAGAGAUGGCCUUCCAGUACAACAAGGGAAGAACCACAGAUGACAUUGUCGCAUUUAUGAAGGACCCAAAGGACACCCCACCCCCUGCCCCAGAGAAGGAAUGGAGUGAGGAGGCCAGUGAUGUGGUUCACCUGACAGACGCGACGUUUGCUACAUACACACAGGAGAACAGCCCUGUACUGGUCAUGUUCUACGCACCAUGGUGUGGCCACUGUAAGCGGGCGAAACCUGAGUACACAAAGGCAGCAGAACAACUGAAGAAGGACGCCAUCUCUGCUACACUGGCAGCUGUCGACUGCACCAAGCAUUCAGAAUCCUGCAAGGCACACGACGUUAAGGGUUAUCCCACCUUCAAGCUCAUCAAGGACGGGGUUGCUUCAGACUACAACCUGGGAAGGACAUCGGAAGACUUCAUGGCCUUCAUGCUGAACAGCCUGCCUAAACCGCCCAAAGAUGAGCCAAAAGUUGAAGAACAGAAGAAAGAGGAGCCGGCUCAAGAAAAGAAGGAAGAAGCAAAACCCAAGGAGGAGAAGAAAGAAGAACCCAAGAAGGAAGCAGAGAAGCCUGCAGCAGAAGAAAAGGAGCGACCUAAGAGAGAAACUCCGACUGACGAGUGGGCCUCUACCGACACGGCUGCUGAUGUGAACUUCCUCACCACAGAAACCUUCGACCAGUUCGUGGCCGAUCACAAGUCUGUCUUGGUCAUGUUCUAUGCACCAUGGUGCGGGCACUGUAAGAGGAUGAAGCCAGCAUUCGAGGAGGCAGCGACUCGUCUGAAGACAGAAUUCCCCGCAGCUAAACUGGCGGCCCUGGAUGCCACACAGUUCAGGGACGUCAGCACCAAGUAUGAAGUCAGGGGAUACCCCACACUGCUGUACUUCAAGGAUGGGCAGAAGGAGAUGAAAUACCAGCUGGGACGAUCCACCGAUGAUCUGGUCAAGUUUAUGAAGAAUCCCCAGGCACCCCCUCCCCCACCCCCUCCUGAGUCAGAAUGGUCGGAAGUGCCAAGUGAGAUCAACCACCUGACGGACCAGACAUUCGACAGUUUCGUGUACCGACACAGCUCUGUGCUCGUCAUGUUCUAUGCCCCUUGGUGUGGCCACUGUAAGAGAAUGAAGCCAGCUUAUCAAGAGGCAGCAGAACAACUGAAGAAGGAAAAACCAGAGGCCAAACUUGCAGCUGUGGACGCCACAAAAUACAAGGAGUUGGGACAGCAAUACGGUGUCCGAGGGUAUCCAACCCUCAAGUACUUCAAGAAUGGAAAGGUGGCAUCUGACUACAACAAGGGGAGAGGAAAGGAUGACAUUGUUGCUUUCAUGAAAGCGCCUCAGGUGGCUCCCCUAAGACAGAAGAGCCCCCUACCAAGAAGGUGAAACCUGCAGCAGGCGACAGUCAUU